AACAGGUGGAUUGGAACUUGACAGCUCAAUGUUUUGAUUGAAAGUUUUUCUCUUCUUGGGUGAUGUCAUAUAGCAUCUGUAGUUGAAAGAAUUGAAAUUCAUCUUGAAAUUGUUGAAUAAAGCAUAAUAAAGACAGAGUAAUGGCCGAUCCAAAGUUUCAAUUCCUCCCAUACAUUGCGCAUGAUCAGCCGGACGUUUACGAAACUCCUGAUGUUCCGGAGGCUGAAACGUCCGAUUUUUACGAGGAAGAGCCCUCGAACGAUAGCAUUGAGCGUUUGCACAUUUCCACGAAGGAUUCCUAUAACAAGUUCAAAGGAAAAUACCUAACGGGAGAUGUGGAUUUUAGCGAUCGGAUUGGGAAGAAGGCUCGCAUCGGAUACGAUGCCCGCAGUGGUGAAUGGGACUUGGCCGGAGAUGGUGAAAAGGAAACACCCGUACAAAAGUGUUUACGUUUGCAGUGUGAGAUGAAUGAGCUGAUGGAGGAGAUUGCUGCCGCCCAAGCGGAUGCGAGCAAAUCCAAAGAAGAGAAAGCUUCCUACGAGGCGGUAUGCGAAGUGGUUGGUACCGCUAAACGGGUGCUGGAGAGUUUAAAGCUUGAACAGGCCAUUGGAAGUGAAGCGGUAACUGAGGGAGCCGAAACGGAAGCGAAAAAAUUGCUGGCAAAAAUCGAGGAUUACAAGAAAACGGGGCGGUCCGAUCCGGCAACCACCGCCACAGGUCUGGUGCAAAGCUCUCGCAUUGCCGAACUCGAACACCGCUUGCAUCAGCUUGAAGUCGCCGUCGGGGCCAAACCGGAGAAGAUCAGCCGUUUAGCUGAUUGUGCAGGAGCUGGCAAUCUAAUUGAAGCGGUGCAAUCUAUCUCUGCGAAGGCAGCUCUACUUCAGCCGCAGCAGCUGGAUAUGAUCGAAACGAGGCUGGCAACGUUAGUGCAAAAAAUGGACAGCAUUCAGGAGAAAUCUACUGCCAAUGGGAAGGAUGCUAACAGGGAGCAGAAAAUCUUGGAGCUGUAUGAAAUUGCGAAGAGUACCGAACCAAUCGUGCAAAUUCUUCCGGAUAUGUUAAACCGGAUGCAAACACUGGAAUCGUUGCAUAAAUAUGCAACCAAUUUCAGCAAAUUAUUCGCUGAACUGGAAACGACUCAGGCAAGCAUUCUAAACGGAAUCGCAGCCAAUAAAGGGCUGCUCUCGGGAGUGCAGGAGGCAUUCGCCCAGAAUCUCGAAAAUGUCAAUAAAGAGGUAAAGAAGCUAGAAGAACGCAUGCUGACUCUACAGGAGAAGGUAAAAUAAGCCAACAGUGUAAUUGGCUCAUUCCCAACAUCAGCAGCACAAGCUCUACAAGUGUGAUGUGCUGAAAUUUGUUUGCUUAUUAACGUACUCAAUCACUCUGUAAUUCCCUAAUAUGUAACCUUUAUGAAAAGUGGUAUUUAUUUAUGCUUAUUAUCGCGAAAAUAAAAUUAUUUAAUAUGAUUAGUUCAA